GCCCCACCUCUGCCCCCUCCUCCCUCUCAGUGCUGGAUUCCAUCUAAUAAUAAGCACCAACAUGGAGUAACUUCUUAGCAGGGGCUUUGCACAGUGGUUAUGGGAGCCAGACAGCCAAGACUUUAAUCUUCACUUGGUCACGUGGAAAAGUUUCUUAUCAAGGCCUCGGUUUGCUCAGAAGUAAUAUGUGGAAAACUGUGAUAGUUUUCUGCUACGGCUACAAAUACCUAAGAUGAUUAACUUGUGAAAAAAGGAAUAUUUCUUUCCACCUUCCCCCUCAUCCCAUGGCUAGGGAGUAAGAAGAAAAGAGGAUUCUCUCCAAGGGUCACCUCCAAUGACCUGUGGCUUCUCACAACCUAACACAGCAAUGACAGUACCUGCCUUUAUCGGGUUGUUAUGAGGAUUAACUGAGCUUGUAUGUCCAGUGCUUGGCAAUGCUGUGUAAGUGCUGUCUGCUGUGAUCCUUGUCACCAUAAUUACCAUUAUCUUCCCUUCUUUAACCUUACAUGACUUGGCCUCCCCUCUGAAGAAGAAUAGGCAACUCAGAGGCCGGCCUGACAUGUGCUCAGCCUCUGGGUCCCUCCUCUGCCCAGUCUUGCCAUGGAAUCUGCCCUAUGAAAGCUGCCUGCCCACCUCCUUCUUCUUCUUCUGCCUGGAGGGUCUUCUGCCUGGAGGGUCUGAGGUUGAUUCCCCCUGCUGGCCCUGUGCUCACUUUGCCACUUCUUCACUCGGUGGACUGGAGUCUGUGGCUUCAUUUGUCCUAACAUCAGUUCUUUCCUGUAUAAAUUUGGAAGGCUCCUCCUUCUGGCCAUUUGUGGAGGUUAAAUGCAUUAGGGCAUAUAAAGUGCUCGGUGCAGUGUCAAAUAAAUGUCAACUCCAUGCCGUCUCCCAUGCUAGUGGUCCUGACCCCAGAUCAAUUGAGAUUAACCUUGACCUCUGACCUUUGAUCCUACUUGUGCCUUGCAGAUUGGAGCAUCUCUGAUGUCCAGCAAUGUGGGCAGUGGCUUGUUCAUCGGCCUGGCUGGCACAGGGGCUGCUGGGGGCCUCGCUGUGGGUGGCUUUGAGUGGAAUGCAACCUUCCUGCUUGUGGCCCUUGGUUGGAUCUUUGUCCCUGUGUACAUUGCAGCUGGUGUGGUCACUACGCCACAGUACCUCAAGAAGCGAUUUGGGGGUGAAAGGAUCCAGGUGUAUAUGUCUGUCCUGUCUCUCAUCCUCUACAUCUUCACCAAGAUAUCGACUGACAUCUUCUCUGGAGCCCUCUUCAUCCAGAUGGCUUUGGGCUGGAACCUCUACCUCUCCACAGGGAUCCUGCUCGUGGUGACAGCUAUCUACACCAUCACAGGGGGCCUCACGGCCAUGAUCUACACAGAUGCUCUGCAGACAGUGAUCAUGGUAGGGGGAGCCCUAGUCCUCAUGUUUCUAGGCUUUCAGCAGGUAGGCUGGUACCCAGGCCUGCAGCAGCUCUACAGCCAGGCCCUUCCUAAUGUCACAGUCCCCAACACCACUUGUCACCUCCCACGGCCAGAUGCCUUCCACAUGCUUCGUGACCCCGUGAGCGGGGACAUUCCCUGGCCAGGGCUCAUUUUUGGGCUCACAGUACUGGCUACCUGGUGUUGGUGCACAGAUCAGGUCAUUGUGCAGAGGUCUCUGUCUGCCAAGAAUCUGUCCCAUGCCAAGGGAGGCUCAGUGCUGGGGGGCUACCUGAAAAUCCUCCCCAUGUUCUUCAUCGUCAUGCCUGGCAUGAUCAGCAGGGCCCUGUACCCAGAUGAGGUGGGCUGUGUGGAUCCUGAUGUCUGCCAAAGAGUGUGUGGGGCCCGCGUGGGAUGUUCCAACAUCGCCUAUCCCAAGCUGGUCAUGGCUCUCAUGCCCAUAGGUCUGCGGGGCCUGAUGAUCGCAGUGAUCAUGGCGGCCCUCAUGAGCUCCCUCACCUCCAUCUUCAACAGCAGCAGCACCCUGUUCGCCAUCGACGUGUGGCAGCGUUUCCGCAGGAGGGCCACAGAGCAGGAGCUGAUGGUGGUGGGCAGGGUGUUUGUGGUGUUCCUGGUGGUCGUCAGCAUCCUCUGGAUCCCCAUCAUCCAGAGCUCCAGCAGCGGGCAGCUCUUCGACUACAUCCAGUCUGUCACUAGCUACCUGGCACCGCCCGUCACUGCCCUCUUCCUGCUGGCCAUCUUCUGCAGGAGAGUCACAGAGCCUGGAGCCUUUUGGGGCCUCAUGUUUGGCCUGGGAGUGGGCCUUCUGCGCAUGAUCCUCGAGUUCUCUUACCCAGCCCCAGCUUGUGGUGAGGUGGACCGGAGGCCAGCCGUGCUGAAGGACUUCCACUAUCUGUACUUUGCCCUGCUUCUCUGUGGGCUCACUGCAAUCGUCAUUGUCAUCAUCAGCCUCUGUACGACACCCAUCCCUGAGGAAAAGCUCACUCCCUUGACCUGGUGGACACGAAACUGCCCCACCUCUGAGCUGGAGAAGGAGGCCUGCGAGAGCCAGAGCGAGAGGGAGAGUGUGCCAGGGAGGUCUGAGAGGCUGGUCCAGGAGAGCCUCUCAGGAAGAGUCGCCCCAGGGAACUGCAGCCAGGGCCCAGAGCAGCCCGGAGUCUCCCGCAGGUCCUGGGGAAAGCUGCUGUGGGGUUGGCUCUGUGGGCUCUCUGGAACCCCAGCACAGGUCCUGAGCCCAGCAGAAAAGGCAUCUCUGGAACAGAAGCUGACCAGCAUCAAGGAAGAACCACUCUGGAGAAGCAUCUGCAACAUCAAUGCCAUCCUCCUGCUGGCCAUCAACAUCUUUCUCUGGGGCUAUUUUGCAUGACUCCACAGACUCAGCUUCAGCCAAAACCAGCUAAACACAGCGCAAGCCCAGUCGGGUGCAGAGACAGGCUCUCUUCCUACCCUGCCCUGAACUGGAGACCAUGGAGGCUGAGCAUGGCAGAGAUCCAUGGAGCGUUAAUCUGACAUGUUCCACAAGUGGAGAAUACAAGGCCCAGAGAGAAUUCUGGGUCUGCGCAAGGCCACAGAGCAGCGCUCAUUCUGGGCCUCCCAACUCGGGAUCCUAUACCACUACACUGCCUUACGUUCUUACCUCGUAAAGAGCUUCAACCCUCUUCCUGAGUUUAUUCAGGAAUCUUUACUGUACAUGUGACUUGAGGUUAGAAAAAUGGAGGAUACAAGAAAGAUAACAGGAAAAAAAUUUGUGAAACUCCAAGUGCACCUUUCUCCUCCACCUCCCCUAACCUCUCUUUCUCUAAUUUUCAGCCCCAGGUAAUCUAUAGCAUGAAUCUACCAAGGACAGACUUACAUUUCCAUCGGUGGCUCUGUCAGAGCUGUUAGACCAAAAAGAAUGAGGGUCAAGGGUGGCACUGCAGGGUGAUGGCAGGUGGCAUUUAGAGCAGGCAGCUCUUGGACAAGGCACUCUGAUGGGCACUAUUUAAACGUUGCUUCUUCCUACCUUCAAACCCAAACCUGUGUCAAGUCUCCAUGAGGAAUCUAACAGUCCAGUUGAGAGCCAUAACUGUGGAAAGGAAGAGGACUCAAAGCCUUGAAGGUCAACCCUGCAGGGUCAACAAGGACAGCUUCAGAGCCACAGCGUGGGGUGCUUUGCCACUCCUUUUGUCACCCAAACCUCUGCCACCCUGGAAUACACUGAAACCCAUCUAAGUAUUGGACAGGAAGGUGCCCAGCCAGGAAGCUGUCCAGUGCCCCAAACUGGGUUAGGGUCCCACUCUUGUUCGCAUAGCCCCAUGGAACAGCUUCUACAAGGUACUGGUCAUACCAGCAGCUGUGUUUUCUCCCCCUAGAUGGUGUACUCCAAGGAACAGGCACCAACUACUAUGUCCAACUUGACUAUGUUUCCCAAAAUAAUAUAUACCAAUAAAUGUUUGUUGAAUGAAUAAA